AUGGAGGAGGAAUCGCCUCCUCCACCUCCUACACCAAAAGAUGUAGAGAUGCAGGAUGAUGAUAAUGAAAGAAUUACUACAAAUCAAGGAAAAUCUACAACACUAUCAAGGAAAAUCGUGGAAUGUCAGAAGAAGGUCCUAUUUCUCAUCUAUCAAACAAGGUUGAGAUCAUCAUGGAAGCUCACGCCAAUGGGCAAGUGUUUAGGUCUUAAUCCCAAGCAAGCCUUUAUGGAUGCUCGAGUUCGAUCUAUGUGGAGAAUCAAAGGAUCUUUGGAAACUAUUGAUGUAGGAAAAGGGAUUUUUUUCUAUAGAUUCUCUAUGGAGGAGGAUUACGAACGAGCUCUCUUUGGGGGACCAUGGUUUAUCCUAGAUCAUUACAUUAUGAUUACUACUUGGAGGCCAAAUUUUAGACCCUCUAUUAAUGAGUUUGAUAAAAUGACGGUUUGGGUUAGAUUUGCAGAAUUACCAGUUGAAUAUUACGAUAAAGAUGCGCUUUUUAGCAUUGCUAAGAUAGCAGGAAAAUCGAUAAGGGUGAAUUACGCGACCGAUAAAUUAACACGGGCCAGAUAUGCCCGAGUAUGUAUUGAGAUUGAUAUUCAAAAACCUCUAGUAACUAAGGUUUGGGUAGGAGGAGAUUGA